AUGCAGCAACUUCCAAACAAUGGUAUGAAUGAUUAUUACUAUAAUACACCUACUACUUCCCAAUUUCCAUAUAAUAAUGGAUCUAUGAUGUCUACUAAUGUACCUUAUGUUUUCCCAUCUACUAAUACCCUAAAUGCAAGUGACAGUAAUCAUUAUUAUAUUCCACAGAAUAUGCAACCUACCCCUCAACCUACAUUGCCUUUUUCAUAUAAUAAUAUAAUUUCACCGAAUCCAAAUGUAUACUUCGAUAAUGCAUCAAUGUAUCAAACUAAUGUAUCAAACUUGAAUAUGCACAUUUCUUCAAACACUACUUCAUGCUACCAAGGGGAAAACUUUGCACAUAAUAUGCCUAUACAAUUUAAUCCAUUAAACAUUAAUUAUGGAUCACCAGUUAAUGGUUCAAACAACCAAUAUGUACCUAAUUCAAGAAAAGAUGCCGAAUGGUUUAAUUCAACAAGAAAGUUUUUAAAUAAUUCGUCAAAAAAUUCAACUCGUAAUAUUUCAUCAGUAUCUAACACUCAUCAAUCUAACAAUUCAAAACAACAACAUUUUUUUAAAAAUCAAUCAAUUAAUACCAGAAAUCCAACUGCUGUUGAAGCAAAGAUAUCUGAAAAACUUUCAAUUGAACAAAUAAUAGCUAACGAAGAAAAAAAACAUUAUCACUCAUUUAAAUCUGAUCUAUAUUAUAAAAAGUGUAAAGACUCAAAUGUUUCAAUAGCAAAUGAUAUAACAUUAGAAGUAUGCAAUGAAUUUGAAAGAGUUUUAGGAAAACGUGCUACAGAUGUGAAUGCAUUAAAACCAGUAUAUAGCAGGCCUCGUAAAAGUAAUGUUAAUGUUGUUAAGCCCAAGUGUACAAGAAUUAAAGACAAUAAUGGAUAUGAUUCUUCUAGUUCAAGUGAUGAAGAUUCAGAUUAUAAAAUUGCCUCAUUAAAAGAAAUUACUAAAAAGAGUGCCCAUCCUGAUCGACUACAUCCAGAACUUUGGUUUAACGAAUUAGGAGAAAUGAUUGAUGGGCCAGUAUGUAGGUGUAAUUUGAAAGCCCAGAGGUCUGGUAUCCGUCACAAUAUUUAUAUUGGCGAAGGACCAUUUGAACCUUGUAUACCAACUACAAAUAAUGCAGAGAAGUUAUAUCAUUAUAGAAUUACUAUUACUCCAAGUACAAAUUUUCUAAAUAAAUAUCCAACAAUUAUUGAACAUCAAUGUAAUAAAUACACUUUUGAGGGGUUUUCAUUGCUAUCACAUUAUCCUAUUCCCAUAUUACCUACAUGCAAAAUUAUCAGGUUCAAUACUAAUUAUACUAUAAUAAAUAUUGAAGAAAAGAUGCCGGAUAAUUUUGUUAUACAAGAGUUAAAACUAUUUUAUGACUUUUUCUUCAAAGACAUAUUGGAAUUGGUAGAUUUAGAUUUGCACGCUGUAGGCAAUAAAGAUGGAUGUCCUCAAUUUCAUUUCAUGCCUAGAUUUGUAAGAGAUUUGCCAAAUAACAAUAAAGAAUUACUUCCUAUGUGUAAUGUUCUUAAAUAUCUUUUAAAUAGCAAUAAAUUACUUUUUGAAGAAAAUUCAUUGCCUGUUUUAAAAAGAAUGUCUACUAAUAAAUGGCAAGAUAUUGUAGAUGAAUACAGAGGCAUGAUCAUAACAAACCCAGGAACUAAACCGAGUUCAAUACGUGUCGAUCAACUAGAUAGAGAAUAUACUAAUGAUUCUACUGACAAAAAAGUUAAAUUAUAUCCAGUUGUAGUUCAUUUUGGUAUAAGACCACCACAAUUAAGUUAUAUUGGUAAUCCAGACUAUCAAAAAGCCUCAAAAGAUUAUGUAAAAUAUAAACAUCUUCUUGCAAAUAUGGCCAAACCAUCUUCUGAGGAUAAACAAAAACUUAGAACCAAGGAAAAAAUAUUACAAGAGAUGCGGUCACGUAAUAAAAUGAAACGUGGAGUCAUAACUGAUUUUAGUAGUAAAGGAUUUUAUAAAACUGGUCUCAUGUGUGAUAUAGUUCAGCAUGCAAUGCUUUUACCAGUACUCACAUGCCAUUUUAGAUUUCAUAAAAGUUUAGAAUACUUAGAAAAAUCAAUAGGAUAUAAAUUUAAGAACAAGUAUUUACUUCAAUUAGCUUUAACUCAUCCAUCUUAUCGAGACAAGUUUGGUACAAAUCCUGACCAUGCAAGGAAUACUCUUACAAAUUGUGGUAUAAGGCAACCAGAAUAUGGAGAUAAAAGUAUUCACUAUAUGAAUACAAGGAAAAGAGGUAUUAAAACUCUUAUAAAUGUUAUGUCACAGUUAGGUCAAAAAUCAGAAAUGGAAUCAAAUGUUAUGCAUAAUGAACGUUUGGAAUUUUUAGGAGAUGCUGUUAUUGAGUUUGUGUCCUCUAUACAUUUGUUUUAUAUGUUACCUGAUAUUGAGGAAGGUGGUCUAGCGACAUUUCGAUCUGCCAUUGUACAAAAUCUACAUCUUGCUACUUUGGCAAAGGUUUUAAAACUGGAUGAUUUUAUGUUAUAUGCUCAUGGUUCAGAUAUAUGCCAUGAUUCAGAACUUAAACAUGCAAUGGCUAAUUGCUUUGAAGCUUUAAUGGGAGCAUUAUUUUUAGAUGGAGGAAUAGAAGUUGCUGAUCGUGUAUUUGGAGAAACAUUCUUUAAGGAUUCACCAAAACACCUUGAUAUAUGGGUGAACUACCCCAAACAUCCAUUACAACAACUAGAACCAAAAGGGGACCGUAAAUGGAUCAAUACAUCACUAUUACUCCAAAAACUAACUCGUUUUGAAGAGUCUAUAGGAAUUAAAUUUAAUCAUAUCAGACUAUUGGCAAGAGCAUUUACUGACAAAAGCGUAGGUUUUACAAAUUUAACUCUUGGAUCAAAUCAACGACUUGAAUUUCUUGGCGAUACUGUUCAUCAGUUAAUAACAACGGAAUAUUUAUACAAGUAUUUUCCAGAACAUCAUGAGGGUCAUUUGUCAUUACUCCGUAGUUCUUUGGUAAAUAAUCAAACUCAGUCUGUUGUAUGCGAUGAUUUGAACUUGGUAAAUUAUGCUUCAUAUGCAAAUCCGAAAAUACAAUUGAAAACAAAAGACAGAGCUGAUCUUCUAGAAGCAUUUCUUGGUGUCUUGUAUGUAGACAAAGGCCUUAAUUACUGUCAGAAAUUUUGUGAUGUUUGUUUUUUCCCACGUCUGCAUGAUUUCAUUUUAAAACAAGAUUGGAAUGAUCCAAAAUCAAAACUACAACAAUGUUGUUUAACAUUACGAUCAGUUGAUGGUGGAGAACCAGAUAUUCCCAUGUAUAAAGUGAUUGAAUGUAAGGGGCCGACUAACAGUCGAAAGUUUACUGUAGCUGUUUACUUUAAAGGUGUUAGGUUAUCACAAGCAGAUGGUCAUAGUAUACAACAGGCUGAAAUGAAUGCAGCUAAUAGUGCUUUAGAGGUAUCCAAAGAUUUAUUCCCACAACUAGAACACCAAAGAAAAGCUAUAUCAAGAAGUUUAUGUCAUCAAAGUACAGAUGAUAAUACACAUUUGAUGGACAUUGAUGGAAAAACAAUUUUAGAAUCGCAAUCAUCUAAAAGUGAUUCACACCUAAGCGAAACAGAAAAGAACAAAAACGAAUUAUACAAUAAGCUAUUAGCAGUAUUAUGUUCUGGCGAGAAUUAUAAUGAUGAAAUAGAUGAACUAAAUAAAAAAAAAAACAAAAAGAGAAAAACUUAA